CCAUCUGGUGACCUGUGUGAGCUAAAGGAGGAGAAGCCUCUCAUGUUGGCGGAGACACUCACAGCCAAAGAGCGUGAGUCCCUGGAGGAGAAGGACAUGCCAAUGGAUGAGGACAAAGAUGAGGAGGAGAAAGAGGUUAAGGAGGAGAAAUGUGAAGACACAACAGAGGAAAGAGAAGAGAAAAACGAAGAGCAAGAGGUGGAGGAGCUCAAGUCCCAGGUGGUGCAACUACUGCUGGAGCUGGAAGAAACCAGGGAAGUGUCUCAGCGGCACGAGGAGAGCUUUAUAGAAUUGCAGGGUCUACUAGAAGAGGAAAGACUUGCAAGUGCCCAUCAGGCCGAGAGUUUUACUAGACAGAUUCAGAGGCUACAAGCUCAGCUGCGGUCUGUGCAGGAGGAGAUGGACAGUAUGGAGGAGGAGAAGGAGAGCGAGCUGGAGGAGGUACAGGAGGAGCUGCGCUCAGCCCAGGAGGAGGUGCUGGUGCUACAGCAGGCGGCCGAGGAGGCGGCAGCAGAGCGAGAGAAUGACAUCGCCUCUCUACAGGAGGAGCUGUGUCGAGUCAGAGCUGAACUGCAGCGCCUGUACGCCACCACACAAGAGUAUGAGCUGGAGAUCACCUCUCUGAAGGCUGAGAUCAGUAUGAAGAGCCAAAGCCCCACAACUGAAUCACAUGGACACAUCAUUGAACUGAAGGAUGAGGUCAUUACUCUGACAGAUCAACACAAGUCGUUAGAUGAUGACAACAAAGAGCUUAGUCGUAAAGUGGAGCACUUGCAGAAGCAGCAAAGAGAACUCCAUGACGAUGACUACUUGGCUGUGCGAAAGGAGGGCUCCCCUAACGACACGUGGGAAAAUCCACUGAAAUCUGACACAUAUAUUACUCUGCAUCAGUCCAGUCCUGAAUACAAUGAAGUGCCAGAGGAUUCCAUUCAAAUGCUCAGUGGUCUGAGGGGGCAGCUGAAAAGAGCAGAGGAGAUUGCUCAGAAUGUACAGAAAGAAUGUGAAAGUUUAAAGGGGGAGCUAGCUGAGCUGCAGCAGCUCUAUGACAUCAGUCAAUGUGAGCGAGCCUCUUUGGAGCAGGAGUUACACAGAUGCAAGACCCAGCUGGAAAAACUAGCAGGCAAGAAGACUCAGACUGACUCUGAAGGCUGGACGCUGACAGUGGCAGUGGUUGCUGUGGCAGCAGUUGCAGCUCUGGUCAUCCCCAGUUUGACUAGAACCUGAGGACCCAAAACAGAGACCCAGCAAGUAUCAUCAAGCGCAUUGCCCUAAAUACUGUGUGUCUGCUUUUUGCAUUGCUCCGUUUGUGCACCACUGGUGAGGACACUUUUGAUCUGGGGCCCACAGGAGUCUUAAAGGCAACGUUAUUUUUGCACAGCGGAUUGGUGAUUUUAAAUUACAUAAAUAUCCACAAACAUGGGAUCAAGGUCAACUACAAGACUUAAUUUGCACAAACCUCUAAUUAUAUGAAAUUAUUUUUACCACUAGAGGGCAAUAAUCUGCACCUCUACAUGAAACACAGUACUGAUAU